ACAUCAUGGAAUGUACCUAUUUUGUAGGGCAGGGAACUCUGCUACGGAACCUUACAUUGUUGGUCACAAUGUCCUACGUUCUCAUGCAGCAGCCGCAGAGAUUUACAGGAAAAAAUAUAAGAAUACACAGGGUGGAGCAUUAGGGAUAGCUUUUGAUGUCAUUUGGUUUCAGCCAGCAACAAACAAACAAGAAGACAUUGAAGCAGCUCAGAGAGCUCAAGAUUUUCAGCUGGGCUGGUUUCUUGAUCCAUUGAUGUUUGGAGAUUAUCCAAGUUCAAUGAGAAGUAGAGUAGGAAGCAGGCUACCAAAAUUUUCUCCAUCGGAGUCUGCUUCUCUCAAGGGUUCAAUAGAUUUUGUGGGAAUCAAUCAUUACACCACAUUUUAUGCACGACACAAUUCUUCGAAUUUAAUUGGGAUCGUGCUCAAUGAUACCAUUGCAGACUCCGGUGCUGUCACGCUUCCAUUCAAUGGUACUAAGGUUAUUGGAGAAAGGGCAAAUUCUAUAUGGUUGUAUCUUGUGCCAGAAGGUAUGAGAAGCUUAAUGAACUACAUCAAACAAAAGUAUGGGAACCCUCUUGUUGUUAUCACCGAAAAUGGAAUGGAUGAUCCAAAUAAUCCAUUUAUCUCCAUUAAGGAUGCUCUAAAGGAUGAGAAACGGAUUAGAUAUUACAAUGGCUACUUAUCUUCCUUACUGGCUUCUAUCAAAGAUGGUUGCAAUGUGAAAGGAUAUUUUGCAUGGUCACUACUAGAUAACUGGGAGUGGUCUGCUGGAUACACUUGUAGAUUUGGUCUGUACUUUGUUGAUUACAAAGACAACCAGAAGAGAUACCCCAAACAAUCUGUGGAAUGGUUCAAGAAUUUCUUGAAACCAACAAAAUAGUUGUAAAAAUACAUGAUUGUAUUUGGAACUACAGAAUUAUAUCGAUUUCAGUUUCAAAUUUAUUAGAUUUAGAAUUUUAUGUUUGAAACUUAUUGUAACAAUAACAAUAAUAGUGGAAUUAAUUUUUAUAUAGAUCACAUUCUCUUCUCA